AGAAAAAGAAAAAUAAAAAGAACGAGGAGUAGGAGGAGAAGAAGAAGAAGAAGAAAGAGGAGGAGGAGGAGAUUUCAUUCAGUAAGUAGUAAUGGAGUGGACGUAAACAUAUAUGCGUUUUCGUCGCUACGUAAUAUUGAGAAGAAAACGACGGAUAUUAUCAUCUCAGUGGAUUGGAAGAAGCUGAAAAUUUUGUUGGUCGCGCGACAAGGAAUGCUCGCGCGCAAAUACGAGCUAGUUUCGAAAGAAGAAGCAGAAGAAGAAGAAAAAGAAGUAGUAAUAGUAAUAGUAAUAGUAAUAGUAGUGGCGGUGAUAGUAGUGGUGGAAAAGUUACAGCAUCAGUUCGAACAUCGACUAAAAUAUCAACACCAGCAGCACCUGCAUCAUCAUCGUCUGCAGCAACAACAACAGUAUCAGCACCAGCUCCAGCAGCAUCAAUAUCAGCUGGUGUUAGAAGUUGUAAAUAGGCAAAAGGAAGGCGUCGCGACGCGAUGAUCAUAUCGGCCGUCGGCGUCGCGAGGCGCGAUACCAUGGAGGAGAAGAGGUGUGCCAUGCUGACGACGACGACGACGACGACGAUGAUGACAACGACGACUACGACGACUACGACUACGACAAUGACGACAAGGAGGACAGAAUUCAACGACCAAUCCUCCUCUUUAAUAUCUUCUUCUACUUCAUUUUACAAAGAUAAUGAUCGACGAUUAUUUCAUAACGAUACUUUGAAAAUGAUGAAUGGUGAUGAUGUGCACGACGAGAUCGUUAGUGAAACUCCGUUCGUUGAUGUGGAUAAUAAUAUUUCUUCUAAUGCCAAUGAUAAUGCUAAUUCUAUUAUUACUUCGAUUGGCUUGAACGGGAACAGUGACGUCAUCGAGCACAUCGCAACACCUGUCAUUCCGUUUUCGACUGGUCGGCCAAUUUAUUUUCUACCGAAGAGUUCACGGAAGGAGGAAUCUCCCCAACGACAUCACCGAAGCGUUCGACCCUACUCAUCGAGGAUCGAGCGAGCAGUGGUAAAACUGGGUCUGCAUACGUGGCUCGGACUAGCAUGCACCAAGAUUUACGGCCAGAACAGAAGCAGCAACAGCAGAAGUAGCAGCAGCAGUAGCGGGAAGAAUGGAUUACGUUUGCUUCUAUUGGCCUGUUUGAUCGUUUUAAGCAACGCUGCAUUUUGUCCUAACGGUUGCACUUGCGACGACGAAACUUUGGUAGUAUCCUGCGUAGGUGCUAGCUUGGAAGUGAUACCGAUCGCAUUGAAUCCUAGUAUACAAAGAUUGGUAUUGAAGGAGAAUAAAAUAAAGACCGUAGAAGCUGCCGUUUUUCAAUUUUACGGAGAUCUGAAGAAUAUUGAUUUAUCGAGCAAUCAUCUGUUCAACAUUCCAGACGGUAGCUUCGAGGCACAGAAACAAGUGGUCGAAUUGCAUCUAAGGCACAACAAGAUUUCAGCUUUAACGGAGAAAACAUUUCAAGGAUUGAAAUCGUUGACGGUACUGAAUAUGCGAGACAAUUAUCUCGAAAGUCUGAAGAACGGAUUAUUCGUGUCCCUACAAAAGUUGGAGGAACUCGAUCUUGGUCAGAAUCGAAUCUCGAAGCUCGAGCCAAACGCCUUUCAGAAACUCGGUACUCUCAGGGUUCUCUAUCUAGACGAUAAUCAACUAAAAACAAUACCAUCGUCUGCUUUGGCUCCGUUGAACGCCCUUGCUGAGCUUCACAUUGGUUGGAACGCACUUUCUACCCUACCAGACGAUGCUUUCAAAGGUUUGGAACAACUGACCAUUUUGGACGUCAUGAGUGCCGGUCUGGACAACAUCAGCGACGGUGCUUUCCGAGGUCUUAACGCUUUACGUACUUUGAAACUCAGUGGGAACAAGUUGCGCGAAGUACCAACAAAGCAACUCGCGGUGCUACCACGGAUAGAGGAGCUUACCCUGGGUCAAAACUUCUUUACCAUUCUGAGAUCGGGAGCGUUUCAGGGUCUUUCGAAACUUAAGAAGCUCGACAUCUCCGGUUCGAAGCUCUUGACCACUGUUGAACGUGGCGCCUUCUCAGACAAUGCCAAUUUGGAGACACUAGUGUUGAACAGCAACAAACGUUUAGCUACGAUGGAGGACGGUGCAUUGGCAGGAUUGCCAAAUUUACGUCACCUGAUGUUACGAGAUAAUGCGUUCACGAGUUUUUCCGAAUCACUGGUAGCUUGGAACGAGCUACGUAGAUUAGAUCUUAGCGAGAACCCGAUUGUAUGCGAUUGUAGUCUGUUGUGGUUAGCCGAGGUACUCGUACCGCGAAACUCUAGUCCGGUAAUAUGUCUCGAGCAGGCAGGAUCUAAAGGAAAAUCGAUCAAGGGUAUGACGCCUGACGAAUUGGGUUGUGCCUUUUCGGAUCCUCGCAAACAGGCACUCUUGGCUACUCUCUGCGCGGGUGGUCUAGCCCUUUUUACUGGUCUAGCACUGAUAUUGUAUUACAGAUGUCGCAGACGCGUCAGGGAUGCUUUGAAUUACAAAUGGAAGAAUCGCAGUAUUUCGAGAAAAGAGCACGAAUAUACGAAAACCUAUUCGGAGGACGAGUAUAUCGUAAGAUCGGCGCCACCCCAUCAUAAUUAUCAUCCUAACCCAACGCAAAAUCAAGUAAUACCACCUCAUUCCCAACACCAUUAUUUACAACAGCAACAACAACAGCAUCAGUUGCAACAACAACAGCAACAACAGCAACACGGUCAAAUGACGGUGGGUACUAAACCAAUACCGGUGACGGAACUGUAGCUAGAACUUCGGGCGGCGAGCCCCGGCACCGGAGGUGUUUGGUUCUUGCCCCACGGUAGUACCACACUCGCCGAGGGCUUCACCUACAUCGACGGGGAGACGGCGCGUCAAAUGCGUCGUCCGGGAACGCUGCCCGCGUCGAGCGGUCAUCAUUAUCGCUCCAGUGGAGGAAGCAACGGGGGUGCUGGAGGAGGAGGGGCAAGCGGAGGCGGAAGUGGUGGACCAGGUGGAAUGUCAGUGGAGGAGAGCUCAUCGUCCUUGAACGGUACCACCGGUGAUGAUCGUGGAAACGUCGCCGGAAGCGGUUCUACCGUUCCUGGUGCUUCCGGCAGUGGUAAUAACGGUGGUGGUAGUAGUACUGGCAGCACUGGUAGAUCGCAUUAUUCCAAUCUCUCGUUGCGUCGUACGCCUCAGCCGCCUCAGCUGCCGUCAAGGGGUAACGAUUGCAUCGAUAGGAUGCACAGCGAGUCGAGGAUUCAGAACGGAAUACCCGGACACCAUCCACCCCCACCUCUACCCUCGAGGCACCAAUCCACUUGCUCCCAAUCCUCUUAUCCGACGCUACCCGUUAACGGACACGGAGCUCAUCACUAUCAUCACUAUCCCCGUGAGCGAGACAAGGAUAGAUCCUCGACACGCGAGAGGAAUCGCGAGAGGGAUGGAGGUGGCCUAGGAGGAGGAGUUCGUGCCGACAAACAUCGUGAGGCACAACUCGAGAUGGAACUUCACGAUGGUCUCGAUAUCGCCGGUAUAGGAACCUAUCGAGCGUAAAGCAAACAACAGCAAGCAAGCAAGCAACCAACCAACAACAACAACGACGAGUUCUAUUCGAAAUCCCUUAAUACGACAUCGUACGACGAUCGAUUUAAAAUCAAACUGCCAACGUACGGCGAAAACGAUACAUAUUAAAACUUUUCCAUUAGGGCCGAAUAAGAUAGAGAAGGAUGUACAGCGAUAGGCUGACUAACUGCUACUUGAAAUUAUCUCAAGUCCUGCUCCGUUGUUGCCUUGAUGCGCGAGAGACGCGAUCUUGACGGUCAUACAUAACUAUGGGAAACGUUUCCGACGUCGGAGAUAUCUUGAGUUUCAUGGAUGAUGGGAGUGCCAGGGAACCCCCUUCGACCCUUUCUCUCAAAUAUUCGUCUUAAAACAAAAGCCUAACGAAAGAGAGAAAUUGACUGGGAUUGUAAUACCGCAUACUGCCCUUUUAUCAAUAUUUACGAGUAAUAUCGUAAAAAGAAAAAAAAAA